AUGAGCGAUCACAUCAAUCUUGACGGCCUCAUCUACUCAGAAGAUGAUGAUUCUAUAAAGCGUCUCGUUGACGUCAUCAAAGUCGGUCUUGGCAGGUCAGGUGAUGUACCAACAAAGGCCGCCGCGCUGGCUGAUGACAUUCGAAGACUGGGUGCCACGUACAGUGCUACGGGUCAGAGUUGGGAGAUCGUUCCAAAUCUCUGUUCGAUAGUGGUGUCUGUAGCCCAUCGUCUUCCGCCGGAUCACCCGUGGCAGGACACCUUUGUUCAGGCGAUGCAGAAUCUGCAACAAACUGACAUGGAUGAUGAACAAGAGUCUGACGAAUAUGAUGAGCAAGAGUCUGACGAAUAUGAUGAGCAAGAGUCUGACGAAUAUGAUGAGCAAGAGUCUGACGGAGACGAUGAGCAAGAGUCUGACGAAUAUGAUGGGCAAGAGUCUGAUGGAGACGAUGAGCUACUUGACGAGAAUUGGAAAAACUUGCUCGCGUUGGGCAUCUACAUGCGGGACUUUUGGUUUGAUCCCACUUGGCGUGACGGCUGGACGCCCGAAGAUGUGUCUCGCUGGGAGAAUCUCAACUCCUUCGCUGCUCGUUUCAAGACCGAAACUUUUGUACCUUGGCUCAACUUCCCAAUCUGGCAGCUUAGAGAUGGACUGGAAGAGAAGCUUGACAAGGGGCCAAUCCUCAAUAGCCGAUUGUGGAUUGCGACAGAGUGGAUUCUAUUCUACGGGGAGCUUAUUUUCGAGCGCCAGGCGUCUGAAGAGGAGUGCAAUGAGUCAUCGGCUAGAUCUUUGCGGGGAGGGUCUCUUUGCUUGGGUAUCAAACCUCUGAGUUCUGCGAGGUUGGCGUUUUGGAAGAAGCGCCUUCUCGAGAUGUUGGAUGACAGGGAGGCUCUGGAACUCUCUGAUGGGCUGGCUGAGAGGGUGGCCAAGUCGGCAGAGAAGAUUGACGAGUUUCAGAACAGCCAGCCUCAGUAA